AUGAAUUUAUAUAAAAUUUUAUUAUUUCUUUUAAUUAUUGAAACUAUAUUAUGUUGUGAAAGUUGGUUUAGAAGAAGACAUAAAAAUAGAAGACAACAUGUUAUGAAACAUAGAAUGUUACAUGGUAAUAGAAAAAAAGGAAUGAUUAAUUUAUCUAAACUACCAAAACCUAAACAUAUAAGAAGAAAAGAAAAAAAUAGUAAAAAGAUUAAAUUUAUUGACAUUAGUACCAAAACAUGGCAAGUAAAGAAUAAUAUGAAAUCUUCACAUAAAAAAAAUUCAAGAAAACCAAUUGCAGUUACAAAAAAAAAUAAAAAAUUUAAAGUAAAUAAUUUACAAAAAUUAAAUAAAAGAAGAGUUAAAGCAAAGUGUGUAGAAGGAAAUACAUUUAUUCAAAAUAUAUAUAAUAUAUUUAAAUGGCCAAAAGAACAUAAUAUAAAAAAAAAUGGAAAAAAACAUAUAAAUAAGAAAAUAAAUAAAGGCAUUCAUAAACAUAAUAAAGGUAUAAUAAAUUUUCCAUUUGAGGUUACUACUAAUAAGACAGAACUUAUUGAUAACUCAACAAUGAAUCCUAAUUUAAUUUGUAUUGACGGUAGUAAUUGUUCAAAUAAUAGUGAAUGUGGUAAUAAUGGAUCAUGUUAUAAUGGAAAAUGUAGAUGUUUAUGUAGAGAAUUUUCAAGUUGCAUAUCAAAUGAUGACUGUCCUGGAAAAAAUAGUAAAUGUUUUUCUAAAUGUAUUGGAAAAAAUGGUACAACUAUUGAUUGUGGAACUAAUCAUAAUAAAACUUCUAAAUAUAAUGAUGCAGAAGAUGAAGGAUACUGUUCAAUAGGAAGUCAAUGUUUAAGUGGUAUUUGUAUAGGAGGUGGAAGAAGAAAAAUUCUUGAUGGAGUUGUAUUUUAUGAAGCAAUUUCUUGUUCUAUAACAUCUGAAGAUAUUAGUUGUAAAGGUAUUGGAGAUGAAAUUUGUACUACAGAAAAUGAUUUAAUAUUUCGGCAUACAAAUCAAUCAUUAAUUGGAACAAAAGAAGAUAUUUCAACAAUAGACAAAUAUCAUAAGAAACUAGAUAUAAAUUUUCCGGCAUGUUACAGUGAUAAUGGCAAUUUUGUUAAAUGUGGAGAAGAUGUUGAAAAUUCAUGUAUUGAAGGAGCAUAUUGUGGAUAUUGUAAAUGUUAA